AUGUGCUGGUUCAAACUCGACACCUGCCCUUACCCUCACCACGAGCCCAUCCGCGCCUUGAUCUUCAUCCCCGGGAACGCCUCCAGGUGGAAACAUUGCGACAAGCCUCAGCCUUGGGGUCGCCUGUCUUGUGGCAAACUCAUCGUCCAACAUAAUGCCGCCCAUUCGAGAGAUUCUCACCCAGCACUCACAGCCGACUGUGAGUGGUGCACAGCUGUUCUGAAGUUGGCGGCCACCAAGUCCAAGGAGAUACAGCAGCAGGCGCGUACAGACAUCGCAGAGAUGGAAGAGAAGUUCAACUCAGACGCUAAGCUGAAGGAGCUGCAUAAGAAGAUCCAAGCGUUGGAGACGGAGGUUAUCGGCAUGCGAAAUCAGGCCUGGGAACUGAGACUUGCUGCUGAUGCGAACGGCUGUAGCGGGGAGUGGGAAGAGAUCAAGAGUGAACAUGAAAUCGGCCAAGGCGGUCAUGCAGGUGCGCCUUGA